CAUGUUGGAAGUGCAAGAGGAUAAGCAAGUGAACAUUGCUAGAGGCUCCGCGAGCAACGAGGAUUUGUUUAUCUGUUAAGCAGAGAGCAGUGUAGAUUCCUGGGUCAUGGAUUCUGGAGCUUCAUUUCAUGCUACCCACAACGGUGAAGCAUUGCAGAAUCUAGUUGUUGGGGACUUUGGAAAGGUACGACUAGAAGACGACAAAGCUCUUGAUGUGACGGGCAUGGGUGACAUAGUGCUGAAGACCCCAGUCGGUUUCUGGACUUUGAAGGAUGUCAAAGUGGUUCCAGGCUUGAAGAAAAGUUUGAUUUCUGUCAGCCAGUUGGACGAACAGGGACACGAGGUGAAGUUCGGAAAUGGGCAGUGGAAGGUCGUGAAGGGAAAUCUUGGCAUGGCCCGCGGAAGGAAGAGUGGGUCGUUGUACAUGGUCGGGUUACCGCCUGAGGUAGUGACCGUCCCAGUUCAGAAGAGAAACAAAGUCCGGUUCACAGAGUCUCGUGGGCAGAAUAAGGUUGUCUUUGCAAGAGAGAAACCUAGAGCCACAAGUCAGACUCGGGAUGAACGAGCGAGGAAAGGUUCAAGGAGGGCAGUGAGAGGUAUCUGUGGCAGUGGGAGCACAGGUGGUGCUUCAGCCAAGGUUCCUAAGAAACAAUGGGUCCGGAGAACCAGUAUUCCAGCUGUUGGAACAUCUCCAGUAGAUUUCUUGCUGACUAUGGAGAUUGUUUGUUCUCAGGAUGUUCCAGGAUCUGGCAGUUCGUGGGUGUAGUGGGAGCCGGUAGGGACCGAGGACGAAUCAGGGGUAGUUCAAGCCAUGACUGAUGGGUUGAAACUCAAGAGAGUUUCAACAAAGUCUUCUCGAUGAU